AUGUUGGAAGGACUCGAGCGGCUUCUGCCGGCACUUCUUCAACAUCUCUCUGGAGACAUUUAUGACACCGACACUUCCCAGACAGAAGAACAACAAUUACAACAAAAGCAGCAAUGGCAAGAGGAAUCUCAACGGCAAUCGCAUCCUGUUGCUGUUGGAGAAGUCAAUCAUAGUCGAAUGAAUAUUAGCAGAAAUAAUACUAUUAAUACUACUAAUACUAAUACUAGUGGGAGUGGAAGUGAUCAUAGAUGGCGUCGGUGUAUGCAUUUAUGGCGUGGUUUACUGGGAUCAGACCGUCUUUUUCUCGCGCUUCUCUUUCACAGUGGUUCCCUUUGGGCCGUAGAGUGGUCAUCAACAGACUCGGAAGUAUCAGAAACAACAACAACAUCAACAUCCAAUAAUAAUAAUAAUAAUAAUAAUAAUAAUAAUAAUAAUAAUAAUAAUAUUAAUAUUAAUAAUAAUAGUAAUAUUAAUAGUAAUAGUCCUCCUAUGAAGGGUCGUUCCUCAUGGUCAGAGUCUGUUUUGUGGUUCUUGCAAAUACAUGAGGAGAUGAUGACUAGUCCUGUCAAUGGGAAUAGUAAUAAUCCCACAGCUGUGAAGAGUACGUCUGGAAUCAGUAAAGAAGAAGGGAAACCAUCCGUUUCCACUUCUUCUUCUUCUUCUUCUUCCGCUGUACAUAUGUAUGCAGAGGAUGAGAUAGCAGUAAAGCAUGCGGCAACAGUUUUGUUGACGGAAUGGUUUACGAUUGUAGAUCAGUGCGGUAAACGAUUUGCUCGAGCGUAUUACUUCUCAUGUGCUCUAAAGAUUGCAGCACUUGCAGGAAAUAAUGCGAUUAUUGAAGAUAUUCCCCAUCUACAUAAUCUUGUAGUAAAAGAACCUCGUUUCGCCUCACAGAUUACUUCCUUUUGUAGUAUAUUAUGUGCUCUUCUUGUGGAAGAAGCUCAACAACACGAAUCAUCUCGUUUACUGUUACCACCGCCUUUUUUUUUACUUAAUUUUAACCUUAUUGGACGUGGAUCCCGUAUUGGUGUUUGGUUACCACGGGUAAAGGCAGUGAACAGUAACACCAAAAGAAGUAGUAAUAACAACGCUAAUGAUAGUGGUAGUGGUAGGCCUUCUCUAAGUAUGAUUGAAACUGCAGAGGAUGGUGAAUUUUACUCUUGUCAAGUGUGUUCUCCUGGUGUUAUGUUAAGAAUACCCCCUUCAUCAUCAUCAUCAUCAUCUAUUUUGAAUAGAGGAGGAGGAGCAGAUCUUCUUCUCGGUGUACAACUACUAGACCAGGUGGAUAAGCGAACCAUAAAUUUGCUACCAGCAUUAUAUAAAACAAGUGAAACGCAUGAUACUAUUCACGUGCAAAAAGAAAAGAGACGUGGAAGAGAACGACGGGGUUCUACAGCCGUUGGUGGUGUAGGAUCAUUACAAGCACGAUGUUGGAGUGCAUUUUCAUCCACAACGAAAAGUUAUGUACGUGUGGAUCUCUUGCAUCCCCGUGAACUCUCAGUUAUUAUACCAUCCCUAUCAACAUCCUCAGGAGGAGGUCCAGGAAGGCGAAAGGGAUCACAACAACAACAACAACAACAACAACAACAGGAAGUCUCUAUUCAAACAGCACCACUUCGUCGAAAUUCACACAAUACAGCACCACGUGAUCCCAUCGCAACCAUUGUUUUCGCACUUGCAACAACUGCACGUCGUCUUAUCGGAUGCCGCGGUCUUUUCUUACAAUCAGAAACAUCCUCUCAUUCCACUCAAGCUGCUAGUGAUUCGACACAGAGUGGAGGAAAUGAUAAAACCUCCAUGGACACCUUUAGAAGUAAAACAACACGACACAUGAGGUAUGAUACUUCCGAUAGCAUGAACCAUCAUUCCACUACGAAUACGAAUGAUAGUAGUAGUGGUAGUGGUAGUAGUGGUGUUGUUGGUGUAUUUUAUACUCCGGAGGAUGAACUGGAUUGUCUUGUGGAGUGUGCCCUUCAUCUUUUUCUCUCAGCCUUACUGCUCUGUUAUGCUCUUUCCAGUGAAUUGAUGCCUUUAAUAGAUGCGUGGGCGGUGGAAGUCAUCUCCGCCGCGGUGGAUCUCGCCCUCGCCACCUCUCAGCCAUUUGUUCGGCAUCUCCGCGCUGUUGGAUUCGCCCUUUGCCUGGGCCCGCAGCCGCACCAAUCACUACUUGUGAGUGUUGGGCUUCUCGCCACACUUGCACGGCGGCAGCGGGAUAAAGGGCGGGGGUUCAGUGGAUGGUGGGAAGUGUUUAAAACACAUGUGUUGAAAGAUACAGUGAUCGCAGCACAACUCCCAGAGGGGAUGCGAGUACUCAUUGGACGUGCGGAACGUUCUCUUCAAAAUACACAACAGGCACGUCAACAAAAACAACAACAACAGCGUAAUUUAACAGAAGCCGUUGAUGCCGCCUCACGAACACGACAGUCGGUAAAUGCAGCGGUGGAUAAUAAUAAUAAAAGUAAAGAAGAUGCGGCGGUGGUACAUCGUCCUGUACUGCAAUUCCGUAAGAGAGUGGGAGAGGGGGAUUCAGCGAAGAAACAGAAAAAUGAGGUACAAGGUGGAAUACCAACCUGGGUGCGUCCUCCUCCAUCUGUUGUAGUGAUUCCAACAGAAGAAGGACAGAAACAGAAUAUGUCAUUGAAUGAUGUUAUUAUGGAGUUAUGGUGGUACUUGGAACAGACGACGGCAGAGGCGGUGUAG